CGUGCCGCAAGAUCGAAAGACAAUCAUAUCUCACGAAUCAACGACAGUAGCAGCUGAUUCACUCAGCUCAGAUGUAAUUGAGGCCUUGUUGGAAUGGCUCCCAUACCGAGAAACCAACGGCGUCCAUUGAAGCUACAAUGUGAAUGGAAUGGUUGCAGUUCGGUGUUAGAGACUACACAAGCCUUCACUGAGCAUCUUAUGGGCCAUGCAGAAGAAUUCAUUGCUAGUGCACUAUCCAUUGAGAAAUGUCUUGCUGAUGUAGACAUAGAUGAUACUGAUGACUACCAAUGCCAAUGGGAUGACUGUGGAUACGUGACUAACGAAGGAUCGGGGGCUCUGCUCAGACAUCUGUUAUUCCAUGGCUACCAUACACGGAUUAAAUGGGCUGGGACUGUAGAGAGAGAAAGGUGUAAGAUAGAAACAUGUCAGCUGGAACCUCACAGUAGAAACAUCAUCCCUGAAGUCCCAAGUUCUUUUGUAUGUAGCUGGGACGACUGCACGUUUGUGACAAACAAUCCAGAUUUCUUCUACUGUCAUGUAGAGAUGCACAGUCAGAUGGAGGAGCCUAUACAUGGUGUAUUAGGAUGCAGGUGGAGAGAUUGCCAGGUGAAGACCAAGGAUAAGUACAAGCUCCGGGAUCAUCUCCGAUGUCAUUCUCAGGAAAAGAGAUUUGGUUGCAGUCAAUGUGGUGGUCUGUUCAGCAACAGAACUAAGUUCUUUGAUCACAUUCAUCGCCAGGGUAUACUAGAUGAGCCUAAUUUCCAGUGUUCUCAUUGUUCCAAAGUUUUUGCAUCUGAAAGAUUGUUGAGAGACCAUAUGAGACACCAUGUGAAUCACUACAAGUGCCCUUUCUGUGACAUGACAUGCCCGGCGCCCUCUGUGUUGAAGAAGCAUAUCCAAUGGAGACAUUCCUCAGAUCGACCUUUCUCCUGUGAACUCUGCGACCAUGCAGCCAAGACAAGGACAGAUAUGAGGAGACACAUGGAAAGUCACAAUGCUGGAGAUGCGUAUUCCUGUGAUAUUGAAAGCUGUGCAUUCACUGCUAAGACACUGAGUGCACUCAGAACACACUUCAGAAAGUGUCAUUCUGACUUGGAGGAGAAACGAUACUUGUGUCACGUCUGCCAAUCAAAGUUCGCAAGAGGUCAUGCAUUGACCAAUCAUCUUAAAGAGAAGCAUCGCUUCAAGUGGCCCUCCGGUCACGUCAGGUUCAGGUAUAGGGAGCAUGAGGAUGGAUUCUUGAGGCUACAGACGGUACGCUACGAGAGCAUUGAGCUCACACAACAGUUCCUACAAGAUACCUCUAUCAAUGCCCCACCCACAGCCCCGCCUUCAGCCCCACCCACUGCCCCGCCCACUGCCACACCCACUGCCACAUCCCUGAAGACUAUCCCUGAGGAAGUAACUGCCAAUCCCCAGUCGUCUACCACGCAAGAAGCAAAGAAAUUAAAGGCAACUAAGAAACGUAGGUCACCACGGAAGGGACGGACCAAGAGAAGAAAGAAGGGCUCCCCUGAGAAAGUCAACGUCGAGGCUAGCAAGACAACUUCACCGGAGGAAGAGAUCCUCGAACCAAGCAAUAAAAGGUUCUGUGAUGAAGUGAACUUUGAACCCAGCAAGGUGCAAUAUGUGGAAGACUCCCAAGGAUCAGUCAUCAUCGUGGAUUACACCCUGGACCUGAAAAACGCAGACAGAUCCGGGAGGAGAGUCUUCGAUGUCGAAGACCUGAACAGCGCCAUCGGUGCAAAAGAAAGACCUGUCCAGUCCACCGAGACAGGGUUGUAUAACAUCAUGCAGGAUCAGGACAGUGCCCAUGCCAUCGCGAAGAACAUCCAAGAUAUGUCGUCGAUGACUAGGUCAGGGUCAAAGGUGACGUUAGAGACGGGUGGGUAUCCACUCUCUCAGGUGCAAUAUCGUCAGGAUCUUAGAACCGAUCACCAGACUCAUGUCUUUCCUAUUGAGCAGCUGCAGGGGGUUGAUGCUGAAGAGGAGAGGAGCAGCGAAGAAAGAACUCCGAAGAAACCUGGUCACGGUGACCUUUCACCGCAGGGUAUAGAUAAUGUGAAGAGCUUGAUGACAAGUGAAGAUGAGAUAAGGAGCCGUUAUCCUGGUUUGGAAGACGAUAGAAUGGCUAUGGCUGUUGAAGCGAUGACAAACCUCUCGAGGGGGUUUGUUAGCUGAUAGAAGUGUGAUGUCACAACCUUAGAAUCCCCAUGGAAAUGGGUUCUAAAUGGUUUCAAAUUAGUAGCACCAGUGUGUCAUAUUGCAAUAGAGUACCAAAAUGAAAUCAGUCUUAAGUGUGUUGGUUUGUAACUGGCACCAUGUAUAUUUACACAUAAAAACCAAAGAAGCAAUCCAGUAAAUAAAAGAAGUUCUGUGAAUUCAAUGCAAGUCUCGUCUUCAAAAUAAAUAAGGGUUAAAUUAUGGGACAGAAUCUGCAUAGAAUUUUGAUCUCAGAGUAUUACCUACGCAGGGUGUUUGAUCAUGUUUUCUUUUCCCAAAUGAUACCUCAAAUACUUUUUUUUUUCAAGACAGUGGUGAAAACUAUUCCCCUUUUUCCUCAUUUUGGCAAUUUUGAUACCCUUUUUGUCUCGCCCACCAGAGGUGAAGGCGAGACUUAGGGAUCCAAAUGUCGUCCGUCACAAACC